ACUUACAUCUACUUCCAGCCUGAACGUGCGCUGCAUCCAGCAAAAAAUUCUUCGACAGUCAUCUGAAAAUGAACACAAUUUUUCGUUAUAAUAUAAAGUGUUAAAAAUAUGCCCAUCGUUCGCACAGUUAGUGGAUUCAAUAAACGCCUCGAGGCGGCCAAAAAUAAGGUGGUCGUGCUGGACUUUUAUGCCAACAACAGCAAGCCCUGCCAGGACAUUGCCCAGUUGGUGCAAACUCUGGAAAAUAAAUACGCCAGCAAGGCGAUAAUCAUCAAAGUGAACGUAGAUAAAUUUGACGAACUAGUAGAUAAAUACAGAGUGCGCAGCAUGCCAACGUUUGUGUUCCUCAAGAGCAACCACAGCGUGGGCAAAAUCGUUGGCGCCGACGGGCACAAACUGACGCACAUGAUGGCCAAAAUGUGCAAAUGAGCGCGAAUUCGAAGCGGCGCAGGCGUCGCAACUUAACCAUAAAUUAAUCUUUUUUUUAUAUGUAUGUAUUGUUUAAUUGUAACUAUGACGGCAAACAUUUUAUGUAACUCUUUAAAUUCAGAGAUAACCUAAUAUCACAUUUGAAAAUAAUUCAAGAAACAUCUUCAAA